AUGUCAGGAAUGAAUAUCAAUAGCAGGCGUACGUUAGCCACUGAUGGGCAGCAACAGUCGUUACUGAGCGCCAUUAAUCGUUUCGUGCAGGCGGUAGACUCCAUGGACGACACCGUCAUGAUUCCUUGCCGACUUCGAGACAUUCCAGUGGAUUCUGUCACCUCCUCUAAGAUUGAGGAAAACAACAACAAAGCUGUUGUUCCUGCCGCACAUUUGAGCGGAGAUUUGUACGAUUUCUACGUCAUGCUACACGCUAUCAAGUCAGAAAUCAUCGCCGGUCCAAAAGCAACAAGCUUAGAUGAAAACAUUGACAAUUUCACAGAAAAGGUGAAUGAAAACGACUCAGUUUCCGAAAAUGCCAGAAAAACGGCAGCAGCUUUUAGAUUCCACCUUAGGGGUUUAUUCGGUCUCUUACAUCAGUUGACGGAGACUGCCAAAGUCCUUAGUAGCAGGUACGAAAGAGACGUUACCUCUGCCCAGACUGGCAUAUCCUCAGUGUCAUCGUUCAACAUGUGA